GUUCGCGAGAAUUUAUUCUUCAUUUAUUAGUAAUUCUUUGAGUCAUUCGAAUGUCGAACGUCGAACGGUUGGGUAUACGCUCUCGGAACUGUCUACUACCAUAGUAGAUAGACAGAUAGUAUCCAAUUUCGACACCUUCUUAUAAAAUGCGAUGCAAAAAAGGAAAGAAAUGUUUCCAUCCAGCUAAAUCCGUGUGCAAAUUUGUGAAAAUUGUCAUAUGCCGAAUGCUGCAGAUAUUACUCAACGCUGAAUAUAAAUGGCUGACACUCAUAGGAUGGAAUCACAGAAACCAACUCGUCAAGAUGAAGAUUACCGCUUUCCUAUCAAUAGCGAUUGUAGCAGCGGGAGCUUUAAUUUGUACACCGGUGUUCGCUGAUACUGACCUGACGGUGAAAUGGAGUUCCCCAAUCGAGGAUCCUUCACGUUCCAACAGCUGGUUUGAAAUGCCAUUGACACUAGCAGCAGCGGAAGAAGCUGGUUGGGUCGAGGAAUCAAAAGUUUCUAAAUCAGCGCUCACUCUGUAUUGCGAGAAAAAUGACCAUCACUUCUGCAUUCUUUACGACAGUUACGGGGAUGCUGUCGGUAUCCAGUUUGGAUUAUCACUGGCCGAGCUAGGAGAACAGGACUUCUACGAUAGGUCAACCAUUGACUGGUUCGUAAGAAGAACACUAUUUGAUAGAGACUGUUGGACCGUCACAGUUUUUCUUGUGUCGCCUAAUACUAUUACAGCUGGUGAUCGCGCUAAAACAAAUCGAGUGAUUGGUGCCAAUGGAGUUUGGAUUCAAACAACCACCGGGUUCGAAGAAGUUCCCAAAAAUAGAGAUAAUUUGGAUUCUAGUUGGGCAAAACAAGCUUGUAUUCCUGGAAUGGGUACUCACUUCUACUACAACAUGAGUUCAACCCUAGAUUGCGGCACUUUCCGUCCCAUAUUUUUGUUAUACACGGAAGACGUGCUUAACGCUAUAGGAUUCCAGAAUUAUGGGAAGUUGAAUACGGUAAAUCGCGAAUGGUCCGAAGAACUGCCACCCAAUGCACCCACGAUAGCUAUUCCCGAUGCUCCAGAGUGUUUGAUAGAGCGGCUAGCUGAAUACGGAGUAAUUUCAAUACAUGCAUACUGGACAAAAGAACCAUGGAAUAUCAAAUGCUAAUAUAAUAGAAAAAAUUGUACGAUACCGCAAGAGUGCAUAAUGCAAUAAAUCGGAGUACUUCACA